GUCCCUCCCUCUAAAAGCACUCUGUGUGGGGAACAUGAGAGCCAGACCAAAGCUCAGAGGAACCCACCUGGACCUCCACCGAGCUCUGUGUCCUGUAAGAGUGACGCGUCUAAAGAUGAGCCCUUUAACUUUAAAGUCCAGCCUGUGUCUGCUGCAGAGAGAGGUCAGAGGUCACAGUCUGCAGGGUCCAGCUGUCCGUCUGUGAGGAGUGACUGGUCCAAAGGUCAAAAUCCAGACUUCAGUGGUGAACCUGGACCAACGAGAGAGAGGAAGAUGAGUGGCGUUUGUGAGGAGAAGCAGCUGUCCUGCUGUGCGUUGUGUCAGGACGUCCUGAAGGAUCCAGUCUCUACCAGCUGUGGACACUGGUUCUGCAGACAGUGCAUCUCCUCAUACUGGGACCAGUCUGCUUCAUCAGGAGACUCCUCCUGUCCCCAGUGUGGAGAAAGAUCCAGAAGCAGAGCUGGACUGCAGACAGCCAGUCAGAGCAGCUGUGUACAAACAGAUGUUGGUCUGCAGGAGGUUUUAGAUGAACAUAAGAUCAGUCUGAGGAGGAGAUGUGAACGUGUGACUGAAGGAAGUGAUGAAACAGGAAGUAGAAGCCUCCUCAACAGGAUCUACACUGAGCUCUACAUCACAGAGGGACAUAGUGAAGAGGUUCAUACCCAACAUGAGGUGAGGCAGCUGGAGACAGCUUCCCAGAUGGACGCCCUCCAUGACGCUCCAAUCAGGUGCCAGGACAUCUUUAAAGCCUUACCUGACCAACAGAGACCCAUCAGAGUGGUUCUGACCAACGGCGUGGCUGGUGUUGGAAAAACCUUCUCAGUGCAGAAGUUCACUCUGGACUGGGCAGAGGGCUUGGAGAACCAACAUGUCAGUGUGGUGGUUCUGCUUUCAUUCAGGGAGCUGAACCUGAUCAGAGAUGAGCAGUACAGUCUUCUGGAGCUGCUCCAUGUUUUCCAUCCAACAUUACAGAAGGUCACAGCAGAGAAGCUGGCUGUCUCUCAGCUUUUGUUCAUCUUUGACGGCCUGGAUGAAAGCAGACUUUCAUUGGAUUUCACCAACAGGAAGCUGCUGUCUGAUGUCACACAGAAGUCAUCAGUCAGCCAGCUGCUGACAAACCUCAUCCAGGGGAAUCUGCUUCCCUCGGCUCUCAUCUGGAUAACUUCCCGACCCACAGCAGCCAAUCAAAUCCCUCCUACAUGUGUUGACAGGCUAACAGAAGCACGAGGCUUCACUGACGCCCAGAAGGAGGAGUACUUCAGGAGGAGAUUCAGUGAUGAAGAGCUGUCCAGUAGAAUCAUCUCCCACAUGAAGACAUCCAGGAGCCUCCACAUCAUGUGUAGAAUCCCAGUCUUCUGCUGGAUCACUGCUACAGUUCUGGAGCACAUGUUGACUACAGAGCAGAGAGGAGAGCUGCCCAAGACCCUGACUGACAUGUACUCACACUUCCUGCUGGUUCAGACAAAGAGGAAGAAGAACAAGUACCAUGAGGGACAUGAGACGAGUCCACAGGAGCUGACGGAGGCUGACAGGGAAGUUCUUCUGAAGCUGGGGAGGCUGGCGUUUGAACAUCUGGAGAAAGGAAACAUCAUGUUCUACCAAGAAGACCUGGAGCAGUGUGGUCUGGAUGUGACAGAGGCCUCGGUGUACUCAGGAGUUUGUACAGAGAUCUUCAAAAGAGAGUGUGUGAUCUUCCAGAAACCAGUCUACUGCUUUGUUCAUCUGAGCAUUCAGGAGUUUCUGGGUGCUGUCUACAUGUUCCACUGUCACAGUAACGGGAAGAUGGAGGUGCUGAAGGACUUCCUGGAAAAUAAUCCAGAUGAUCCUUACUAUUACAUUUCAUUUUCAGAUGAUUUGUUGAGGAGAACCAUAAACAAAUCCCUCCAGAGUAAAAAUGGCCACCUGGACCUGUUUGUUCGCUUCCUUCAUGGCCUCUGUCUGGAGUCCAACCAGAGACUCUUACGAGGUCUGCUGGGUCAGACAGAAAUCAGUGCAGGAACCAUCCAGAGAGUCAUCAACAACCUGAAGGAGAUGAACAGUGAUAAAACCUCUCCUGACAGAAGGAUCAACAUCUUCCACUGUCUGAUGGAGAUGAACGACCUCUCAGUACAUCAGGAGAUCCAAGAGUUCCUGAAGUCAGAGAACAGAUCAGAGAAGGAACUCUCUGAGAUCCAGUGCUCAGCUCUGGCCUUCAUGCUGCAGAUGUCAGAGGAGGUUCUGGAUGAGUUGGACCUGCAGAAGUACAACACAUCAUGGCAGGGACGACUGAGACUGAUUCCAGCUGUGAGGAACUGCAGAAAGGCUCGACUGACUGAGUGUUGGCUCUCAGAGUCUCACUGUGAAGUUGUGGCCUCAGCUCUGAAGUCCAACCCCUCCCAUAUGACAGAGCUGGACAUGAGUUGGAACGAGCUGCAGGAUUCAGCAGUGAAGCUUCUGUGUGCUGGACUGGAGAGUCCAAACUGUCGACUGGAGACUCUGAGAUUGGACCGCUGUGAUUUGUCAGAGAUCAGCUGUGAUUAUCUGGCAGCAGCGCUGAAGUCCAACCCCUCGUAUCCCAGAGUGCUGGACCUGAGUGGAGACUACAACAACCUGCAGGAUUCAGGAGUGAAGCAGCUGUGUGUUCUUCUGGAGAAUCCACGAUGUCAAUUUGAAACUCUGAGAUUGUUUAACUGUGGUUUGUCAGAGAUCAGCUGUGAUUAUCUGGCAGCAGAGCUGAAGUCCAACCCCUCCCAUCUGAGACUGCUGGACCUGAGUGAGAACUACAACCUGCGGGAUCCAGGAGUGAAGCAUCUGUGUGGUUUUCUGGAGAGUCCAGGAUGUAAACUUGAAACUCUGAGAUUGAUGAGGUGUGGUUUGUCAAAGAUCAGCUGUGAUUAUCUGGCAGCAGCGCUGAAGUCCAACCCCUCCCAUCUGAGACAGCUGGACCUGAGAGGAAACUACAAGCUAAAGGAUCCAGAUGUGAAGCAGCUGUGGGAUCUUAGGGAGAGUCCAGCGUACAGACUGGAGACUCUGAGGUGGAGGUGAUGAUGGUAAACAGGACAGUGUGUGUGCUGAGAGAGGAGGAGCUGUGUCCUG